UCGGCGCUAGGCCGGCGGGCGGGAGGGCGAGCGGGCAGCGGGCCGGCGGGCGGACCGGGCCGGGGCUGGAGAAGUUUGCGCGGCGGCUCGAGAGCGCAGGGUGCGGGCCCCGCCGGCCGCUGCGCGCCCGCUGCCAUGGCUUUCCGCAGGAGGACGAAAAGUUACCCGCUCUUCAGCCAGGAGUUCGUCAUCCACAACCAUGCGGACAUCGGCUUCUGCCUGGUGCUCUGCGUCCUCAUCGGGCUUAUGUUCGAGGUCACCGCCAAGACUGCCUUCCUAUUUAUUUUACCUCAGUAUAACGUUAGCGUGCCUACAGCAGAUAGUGAGACUGUGCACUACCACUAUGGGCCGAAGGAUCUGGUCACCAUCUUGUUCUACGUCUUCAUCACCAUCAUCUUGCACGCUGUGGUUCAGGAGUACAUUUUAGAUAAAAUCAGCAAACGGCUUCACCUCUCCAAGGUGAAACACAGCAAGUUCAACGAAUCUGGACAGCUGGUCGUCUUUCAUCUCAGCUCUGUGGUAUGGUGCUUCUACGUGGUGGUGACGGAAGGAUAUUUAACAAACCCAAGAAGCCUCUGGGAAGACUACCCACACGUGUACCUCCCCUUCCAGGUGAAGUUUUUCUACCUGUGCCAGCUGGCCUACUGGCUGCAUGCACUGCCUGAGCUGUACUUCCAGAAGGUACGGAAGGAGGAAAUUCCCCGCCAGCUCCAGUACAUCUGUCUGUACCUGGUCCACAUAGCUGGAGCAUACCUCUUAAACCUCAGCCGCCUGGGCCUGAUCUUGCUGCUGCUGCAGUACUCAACUGAGUUCCUCUUCCACAUGGCUCGACUCUUCUACUUUGCCGAUGAGAACAACGAGAAGCUGUUUAAUGCCUGGGCUGCUGUGUUUGGGGUCACCCGCCUCUUCAUCCUCACACUCGCCGUGCUGGCCAUCGGCUUUGGACUCGCUCGCAUAGAAAACCAGGCCUUUGAUCCCGAGAAAGGAAACUUCAACACCUUACUCUGCAGGCUCUGUGUGCUGCUGCUGGUGUGCGCUGCCCAGGCCUGGCUCAUGUGGCGCUUCAUCCACUCCCAGCUGCGACACUGGCGGGAAUACUGGAAUGAGCAGAGUGCCAAGCGGAGAGUCCCAGCUGCCCCCAGACUGCCGGCCAGGCUCGUCAAGAGGGAGUCUGGUUACCAUGAAAACGGAGUAGUGAAAGCGGAGAAUGGGACCUCCCCACGGACUAAGAAACUCAAGUCUCCUUGAGGCCAAAGUGCUGGAACAGGGAUCCUCUCAUGGGGGCACGGCAGGGAGGUUGGGGAGCCCGGCCCCCGCCACUGCCUUUCCCCUCCUGCUCCUGAUGCUCCAUCUCAAGCAGCAGGAACCUGUCUUCAAAUGGGGCUUUUCCUUUCUUACUUUUUGGCUUUUUCUUACUCCUCCAUAAACCAUUCUCAAUAAAACCAAAACUCUUCCUUCUUUCUCUCCCUUAAGCCACCUCACGUCCUUGCCUCUGUCCUGUGUUGGGUUUUCUAGAAGCCCAGGCCCUCAUGGUUAUCUUUUUGCUUGCCUCCUCUUUCUCUUCCUUCACGGCUGCUGCUUUUUACUUCUCUCACCAUAUUGUGCAAUUUUUCCGUGUCUGAUUUUUACAAUGAGAGGGAGCUCAAGUUGCAGUGAGUCCUGGCCAUCCACCACCCAGCUUCAGUCCCCAGGACUUGUCAAAGCCAGAAGCCUCGUGACAAGGAGCCUCUGCCUGGGGCCACUAGCAGGCCCACCCGCGGGCCCCAUGUUUGCGCGAGGAGAGGAGAGACCAGCCCUCUUGGAUCAUAAUCUCCUAGGUGCUGAUUAACUGAGAUGUAGGAUUCCAGUUCCACACGCACCAGCUGGAGGCCUGGCAUAGCCACUGCUCCUUGGAAUUGCCAAGGCAUUUGGCUGUGGGGCAUGGAGACCUGGUCCAGAAAGAUGGUGUUAACCGUGUUGGGUCCCGUGACUCGAGACGGCUUACUGGUGGCUGGUCCUGGACAGGGGCCGGCCUGCCCUCCCUCUGCCGGGGAGGUGCUGAAGGAGGACAAGACUCCCCACCCUCUAAAGCGAGAACAAAGCGUACUGAGCAGCAGGCUCCUCUGGAAAGGUAACGGCGGCAGAGGCGAUGGAGCUGUUGUCCUCAGCCUUUCUUCAGCCCCAGCUACAGCUGCUUUUUCAACCGUUCACCAGCAUCCAAAACCAAAUCCAAACCACAGUGAACAGGCCAGCCUGACGGACGCUGGUCCUCAACCCCAGACCCAGGCAGCCCUGUCAGGGCUGGCCUCGCUACCUGACUUCAUCUCUCUAGCUGCAGGAACAUCCGAGUCCCCCACUCGUCCCCUGGUGCCCCAGAGAGGGUCACUGGUCCACAUCCCCUCGGGCCCCGUCUGCCGUGUGUUCUUCGGCAAGGUCGUUGUCAUCCUCCGAUGUCUGUCCAGCGCACCUCCAGCAUUUGAGACUGUCUGAGAGCAGGACCGAUUUGGAAUCGGUCUGCAGGGUAGAUGAGCAAACGCCACUCUACCACUGUGCCACUGGGGGGCCUCUGCCCUGUCCCUCACAUAUCCUUUCCCUGUGCUCCACCCAAAGACAAGGCCUCCAAGCCCAUGUGAGGCCUGGUUUGGACUUCGGGAAGGGGUUAGGCUUUCAGAGGUCCUAAUUAAGAACUCUUGAAUUCUGCAUUAAGGUGCUGGGGAGUGAUUCUUGGGGGGCAUAGAAAUGUUAGUAUCCUUUGAUGUGCUGGUCCUCUUUCUGAUGCCACAGUAGAAGCCAAACCUUGGGUUAUUAUCCUAAAAGGGGGGAGAUGGGUUUUUUCAUCAGGGCAAUUCUUCCUCCAUGUCCCUUUUAUCAGCAACAGAUUGGAUUUUCCAGUGACUGAGGGAGUUGUACCCUCCUCUGUCCAGGAUAAGGUAGAAAUGGGAAAAGCUACCCUUGGCUUCUGAUUACCCUUAGGAAGUGGGACGGCGCUUUUGGAGAUCUGCAUCUCUCCCAUCCUCGUCUGACACUUCCUGGGCUGCAGAGCAGAAUGUUGCUAAAAGGGUACUUGGAAUCAACCCUGCAGACCCGAGCCAGGACCCUUUAGCCAUUCGGCCAAAUACCCUGCUGAGGCUGCGUUCGGGCUCCUUACCUUGCCUGGAGAUGGAGGGGCAUUCAGCCAGCAGCCUCCAACCUGCCCGUCAGCCUCACAGCCCUUCCUGGUCCUCUCCUGGCUGUGUCUCAGGCAGCAACCUGCCUCCUGUGAGGGGCCACUCCCUCAGGUGAGCCCCAGUUAAUUUUCGGUGGGUAUGCAGUAGGCUGCAGGCCUGGGAGGUGGGGAGAGCGGCCCCAGGCAUGCCAUCAGGCAGCCCCCUUCUCAUGUAGGUGUGCUAGGUGUUUGUGGUCAGAGACUACGUGGCUUCGUGCUCCCUCAGCCUCCUGCAAACUUCUGGCUCUGUGGUAGGUAUGAUUCAGAGCUGGUACCACCACUCCAGGGGUCUGGGUCAACCUAGGCUCCCUGAGACCAUGACUGAGGCUAGCAUGUCGCUAGCAGGGCCUCUGGGAUGAUUUGAGGGGAGACGGGAUGAGAGUAAAUGUAGGGUGCUUUGUCACCCCACUGGCAUCCCCGCCACAUGUAUUUCAGAGCAGAGCCUGGGCUUUGGCAGGCUGGCUCAAAGCAUGUUGCCGAAAUAACUCUAUCCUGUGAGCUUGUUGUGCUGGCUUGUCCUGAUUUGGCCACUUUGGCUGUCGUCUUCCGUCUUCUACACGCUCUCCUGUUCCCAAAGUGCCAAGCCAUCUGGGAAGGCCCUGCCAGACAGCUCUGAGUUUGAGAGGCUGGCUCAGCAAGAGCAGGAGAACAGAUGCUCAUCUACCUCAGCCAACAGCCGCCUCUCUCUUUAAACAUCCCUGGCCAGCACAGGUGUGGCAGGUGGCAGUGGGCAAGAGAGGCAGGGUGUGUGGUGGACAGGAGGGCCCUGUGCUCCUCGGGUUCAGUGGUGGGAAAGUUAUUUUUACCAUCUAGGCUCUGAUAGCUGCACUGUUAAGUGACAUGUGUUCCUUUUGAAGGUAGGGGAAGGUUCUAGAGGAAAGGGAAGCAGGCUGAGCCAGGAGGGGAGCUGCUUCUCCCCCAUUCUAGUCCAUUCUAACCCCGUGUGUGUGUGUGUCUGGGCCAACAGAUGUAAAUGGUUGCCGAGAACCGUUUCUGUUCCUGUCCCCAGGCAGAACUUACUGACAUUUCAGAAACCAAAAUUGACAUCUGUAUUCUGGCCACCUUUGCAGAUGCUUCUCUUGACUAGAAUCCCUGGGACCCUAGAAACCCCUAAAGCUUGGGUGGGGGAUUCUCCCAGGGGGUGUGCAUCUCGGUUUUCUUUAGGAAUCUUCUUUCUUAGCGGCCUUUGAUUUUUUUUUUUUUUUUUUUUUCCCCUAAGUGGUGAAUAAGAGGUAGGGGCAGAGAGUACACCCUCCCAAGAUUCCACAAUAGAAAAUUCUACUCCCUAGAUGCCUCUUUAAAUUUGAAGUGGCUUGCCAGGCCACAUGUGGCUAGGGAAGUCUCAGCUUUUGGAUUUACAUCACAGGUUUCAGCCUUCCCUGUCCAUUUUCCCUGGGCCUGGACAGCACUCACUCCCCUUGCUGAGUGGCUGGGAGACCCAAGUGAGCAGAGUUUUCCAUAAUGGAAGGUGUGCUGUGGUCUUGGGAGGUGGGAAGAUAGAGUGGUCUUCCUUCCCUCCCACUGCCUCCCAGCCCACAACCCUGCUCCUCAGAAGGGCGCAGGGUCAUUGUCAGAUGGUGAGACACUUAAAUAGAAUCUCUCUUCAGCCAGAGGCUGGCCCAAUGAGCAAGCCUUCAUCGGCUUCACUGUCUUUACCCCAGGUCUCUCCUCUCCUGCCUCCCCCCUACUCGUUUUUAUAGAUGUCUCAACAGCAUCGAGACUUCCAUGUUCUGUUCUGACUCUGUGCUCAGCAACCCCUGAGAGUUUUUCCUGAGCAGACCCUCCUCCUUGCUGUUAGAAGUGCCUUACUUGCCAUGUGGUCUUCUGGCCUUGGCUUGUACUGCCAGCUGCCAGGCCUCUAGGGUGGUCUGUCCUGUGCAGCCAAGGACACCAGACCCUGGGAUAUCACAUGUAAAAGGGACAUGGAUUGUGACAGUUUGGCCUCACUUGUCUCAGUCCCCUCCCCCCAUCGUGUUGGGGUAUGUGGUCUGUUCUAGGUUGUUUCUGGUUUCUCCUUUGUGUCAGUUUUCUGGCCCACGGGUGGCUGCAGUCACCUGUGCCUCCUACCCAUGGAAGGAAGCUUGGUGGCCUCCAGGGACAGAGUGCCCUGUGAACCCUGCUCUGCCAGCACCCCCCACCCCUAGUUUAAAAAGAAAGGCACCCUGGCUGUAACCUCUUCCACUGUGUUUUGUCUCCCAUUCAACCCACAGUUUGUAUGGUAAAGGUGUUAGUCACAAGUGCCGGCCCGCAGACGCCCAUUUGAUAGCGGGUCUAGUGUGGCUGUUGCAGUCUCCUUGCGCUCCAAACUCAGUGUUACCUAUGUUCACAGCGGCUGCCUGCCGUCCCCUUGCUCUUCCGGGCUGUGCAAUAACUCUCCCAGCCGGUGGUCUUUCCACAGGCCUUGCUGUCCCUAAACACCCUGCAGUUGGGGAGGGAAGGGACCCGUGGGAGGGCGGUGGACAUCCCUUACAGAAGAAAUGUGCGCCACUUCCCCUGUGUUGCUGCCCUUGUCUUCACCCUGGGUGGGUUUCUGUGGCACUCGAAUAGAGCAUCGUAGCAUCACCUUAGAAGUUCGUGUAUUUUUUUUUUUUUAAUCUGUUGAAAAGGAGAAAAAACCAUCCUCAUGAUGGGGCAUUAAAUAAGUCCAUGUCUAGGAAGUAGAUCUGCUGUGACCCCUGAGAUGUCACCGUCACUCUGUCUAAAGGCGUUCUAGAGUUUCUUGUUUGCGUGGAGAGGAAGCAGCUUGUGCGGAGAUGCGGCCACGGGGGGACAGCCCUGCUCACCCGGUAGGAGCGGGCUGGCAUCGUAAGUGCCACUGUUGCCUUGGGGGCGGAUUCCCGUGUUUGUGUGAUGAGACCAUACACCUCACGUGUCUGUCCCUCUGGCUUAACAAACAGCUGAAGGACAAGCUGAGGCCGCUGGUGCCGCCUGAGCAACUCCUAAUGCAAAUGUGGACAAAGUGUCUGUUUUCUACUUUAGCCUGUUCACGUUAUGGACCAAAUUUCAACAAGGAACUCAAGGAAAAUUUGUACCUGCCGUAUUUAUGCUUUCAUGUAAAAGGGUUUUUGUUUUUUUUUUUUUUGGAGGGGGGGUCUUUUUAUUUUCAGUGAACUUUUUUCAAAAUCCUUUUCCACCGUUUCUGGUUUUAAAACAAAUUGCAGUUUUGUAUGGAUUUUUUUUUAAUGUACAUUUCGAAACAAAUCAAAUAUUUUUGAAAUAACUAAAUAAAAGGCAUAGAAUUAUCAGUCUAA